AGAGUCCGGGGCGCGCAGGAGCGCGGCGCGGUGGCAGCCGGAGCCCUGGGAGCUGUAGCCGCCGCCGCCGCCGCCGCUGCUGCCGCGGGGCGAGGUCGCCGCCAUGGCCCGCUGGAUCCCGACCAAGAGGCAGAAGUACGGAGUUGCGAUCUAUAACUACAGCGCCUCUCAAGAUGUGGAGCUGUCCUUGCAGGUUGGAGACACGGUUCACAUCCUGGAGAUGUAUGAGGGUUGGUACAGAGGAUAUACCCUCCAGAAUAAAUCUAAAAAGGGUAUUUUCCCUGAAACGUAUAUCCAUUUGAAAGAGGCCACUGUAGAAGACCGUGGGCAGCACGAGACUGUGAUUCCCGGGGAGCUCCCACUGGUACAGGAGCUCACCUCGACACUGCGGGAAUGGGCCGUCAUCUGGCGCAAGCUCUACGUGAACAACAAGGUCACGCUCUUCCGCCAGCUGCAGCAGAUGACGUACAGCCUGAUCGAGUGGCGGUCCCAGAUCCUGUCUGGAACCCUCCCCAAGGACGAACUGGCAGAGCUCAAGAUGAAGGUCACAGCCAAAAUCGAUCACGGGAACAGAAUGCUGGGGUUGGAUCUGGUCGUGCGAGACGACAACGGGAACAUCUUGGACCCAGAUGAAACCAGCACCAUCGCCCUCUUCAAAGCCCAUGAAGUGGCCUCGAAGAGGAUUGAGGAAAAGAUCCAAGAAGAGAAGUCAAUUCUGCAGAACCUGGACUUGCGGGGCCAGUCCAUCUUCAGUGCCGUGCAUACCUACGGCCUCUAUGUGAACUUCAAGAACUUUGUCUGCAACAUCGGGGAAGACGCAGAGUUGUUCAUGGCCCUUUACGACCCGGACCAGUCCACGUUCAUCAGUGAAAACUACCUAAUUCGUUGGGGCAGCAGUGGAAUGCCCAAGGAAAUCGAGAAGCUCAAUAACCUUCAAGCGGUCUUUACUGACCUCAGCAGCACAGACCUCAUCCGGCCCCGCAUCAGCCUCGUGUGCCAAAUUGUCCGGGUGGGCCACAUGGAGCUGAAGGAGGGGAGGAAGCACACAUGCGGACUCCGAAGACCCUUUGGAGUAGCAGUGAUGGAUAUUACCGAUAUCAUACAUGGGAAGGUGGAUGAUGAAGAAAAGCAGCAUUUUAUUCCCUUUCAGCAAAUUGCCAUGGAAACCUAUAUCCGGCAGAGGCAGCUAAUCAUGUCACCCCUGAUAACAUCCCAUGUGAUUGGGGAGAAUGAACCACUCACUUCAGUCUUGAAUAAAGUGAUAGCAGCCAAGGAAGUGAAUCACAAAGGACAAGGACUUUGGGUGUCCUUGAAGCUACUGCCGGGGGACCUCACACAGGUUCAGAAAAACUUUUCACACUUGGUGGAUAGAUCCACAGCAAUCGCCCGGAAAAUGGGCUUUCCUGAAAUAAUCCUUCCAGGAGACGUUCGGAAUGAUAUUUACGUCACCCUGAUCCACGGGGAGUUUGACAAAGGGAAAAAGAAGACACCGAAGAACGUGGAGGUGACCAUGUCUGUGUAUGAUGAGGAGGGCGGACUCUUGGAGAAAGCAAUUCAUCCUGGUGCUGGAUACGAAGGCAUUUCCGAGUACAAAUCAGUGGUCUAUUACCAAGUCAAGCAGCCCUGUUGGUAUGAGACUGUCAAGGUAUCCAUUGCUAUAGAAGAAGUUGCUCGCUGCCAUAUAAGAUUUACCUUCCGACACCGGUCAUCUCAGGAAUCCAGAGAUAAAUCGGAGCGAGCCUUCGGGGUGGCCUUCGUGAAGCUGAUGAACCCGGACGGCACCACUCUGCAGGACGGGAGGCAUGAUCUGGUGCUUUAUAAGGGUGACAACAAGAAAAUGGAAGAUGCUAAAUUCUACCUGACCCUGCCUGGAACCAAAGUGGAGAUGGAAGAAAAGGAGCUCCAAGCAUCCAAAACCCUAGCCAACUUUACGCCAAACAAGGAUAGCACAAAAGAUAGCUUUCAGAUUGCCACCCUCAUCUGCUCCACAAAGCUCACUCAGAAUGUUGACCUGUUAGGCUUGUUAAAUUGGCGUUCGAACCCUCAGAACAUUAAACACAACUUAAAGAAGUUAAUGGAGGUGGAUGGAGGAGAAAUUGUUAAGUUUUUGCAAGAUACGCUAGACGCACUUUUUAACAUAAUGAUGGAAAUGUCAGACGACGAAACGUAUGACUUCCUUGUGUUUGAUGCACUGGUGUUUAUUAUUUCACUGAUAGGAGACAUCAAGUUCCAGCAUUUCAAUCCCGUCCUCGAGACCUACAUUUACAAGCACUUCAGUGCCACUCUGGCCUAUGUGAAACUCUCCAAGGUACUGAACUUUUACGUGGCGAAUGCAGAGGACUCCAGCAAGACAGAAUUGCGUUUUGCUGCUUUGAAAGCCUUAAAGUACUUGUUUAGGUUCAUCAUCCAAUCAAGAGUGCUCUACUUGAGAUUUUAUGGCCAGAGUGAAGAUGGAGAUGAAUUUAGUAAUUCAAUCCGCCAGUUAUUUCUCGCUUUCAAUAUGCUGAUGGACAGACCUCUGGAGGAAGCUGUCAAGAUCAAGGGGGCAGCCUUGAAGUACCUUCCUAGCAUCAUUAAUGACGUCAAACUUGUGUUCGAUCCAGUUGAGCUCAGCGUGCUCUUCUGCAAGUUCAUUCAGAGCAUCCCUGACAAUCAGUUAGUUCGCCAGAAACUGAACUGCAUGACCAAGAUAGUAGAGAGCAAUCUUUUCCGGCAAUCAGAGUGCAGAGACGUGCUGUUGCCUCUGCUGAUAGACCAGCUCAGCGGCCAGUUAGACGACAACUCCAGCAAGCCUGACCAUGAGGCCAGCUCGCAGCUUCUGAGCUACCUCCUGGAAGUUCUGGACAGGAAGGAUGUGGGUCCCACGGCGCUGCACGUACAGCUGGUAAUGGAACGGCUGCUGAGAAGGGUCAACCGGACCGUGAUUGGGAUGAGCCGACAGUCUCCCCACAUCGGGAGUUUCAUUGCCUGCAUGAUUGCCAUCCUGCGGCAGAUGGACGAGAGCCACUACAGCCACUACAUCAGCACUUUCAAGACCAGACAAGACAUUAUUGACUUCCUCAUGGAAACUUUUAUCAUGUUUAAGGAUCUAAUUGGAAAGAACGUCUACGCCAAAGACUGGAUGGUCAUGAAUAUGACACAGAGCAGGGUUUUCCUCCGUGCCAUAAAUCAGUUUGCUGAGGUUCUCACAAGAUUCUUCAUGGAUCAGGCAAGCUUUGAACUUCAGCUCUGGAACAAUUACUUCCAUUUGGCAGUCGCUUUUCUCACCCAUGAGUCCCUUCAGCUUGAAACCUUCUCGCAAGCCAAGCGCAACAAAAUUGUAAAAAAAUACGGGGACAUGAGAAAGGAAAUCGGCUUUAGGAUCCGGGACAUGUGGUAUAACCUGGGUCCCCACAAAAUCAAAUUUAUCCCAUCCAUGGUGGGUCCCAUUCUGGAGGUCACACUGACCCCCGAAGUAGAGCUCCGGAAAGCCACCAUCCCCAUUUUCUUUGAUAUGAUGCAGUGUGAGUUCAAUUUCAGUGGAAAUGGCAAUUUCCAUAUGUUUGAGAAUGAGUUGAUCACAAAGCUGGACCAAGAGGUGGAAGGGGGAAGAGGAGAUGAACAAUACAAGGUCCUUCUGGAAAGACUGCUUCUAGAACAUUGCCGGAAACAUAAAUACCUCUCCAGCUCUGGAGAAGUAUUCGCGCUCCUGGUCAGCAGCCUCUUAGAGAAUCUCUUGGACUACAGAACCAUUAUCAUGCAUGACGAGAGCAAGGAAAACCGCAUGAGCUGUACCGUUAACGUGCUGAAUUUUUACAAAGAAAAGAAGAGAGAGGACAUCUACAUAAGAUACUUGUACAAGCUGCGGGAUUUGCACCGGGACUGUGAGAACUACACCGAAGCUGCCUACACACUCCUCCUCCACGCUGAACUCCUGCAGUGGUCUGACAAGCCCUGUGUACCCCAUUUGCUUCAGAGGGACACUUACUAUGUGUAUACCCAGCAAGAGCUUAAAGAGAAGCUGUAUCAAGAAAUCAUAUCUUAUUUUGACAAAGGCAAGAUGUGGGAGAAGGCAAUCAAGCUGAGCAAAGAGUUGGCUGAGAAUUAUGAGAGCAAAGUAUUCGACUACGAGGGCCUGGGUGAUCUCCUGAAAAAAAGAGCCUCAUUUUAUGAGAACAUCAUUAAGGCAAUGAGGCCUCAGCCUGAAUACUUUGCUGUUGGCUACUAUGGACAGGGCUUUCCUUCUUUCCUACGGAACAAGAUCUUCAUCUACCGGGGGAAGGAGUACGAGAGGCGAGAAGACUUCAGCCUGCGGCUGCUGACCCAGUUUCCCAACGCCGAGAAGAUGACCAGCACCACGCCCCCAGGAGAGGACAUCAAGUCCUCCCCCAAGCAGUACAUGCAGUGUUUCACUGUAAAGCCAGUGAUGAGCCUGCCGCCUAGCUACAAAGAUAAACCAGUUCCAGAGCAGAUCUUAAACUACUACAGAGCCAAUGAAGUACAGCAGUUCAGAUAUUCUCGGCCGUUCCGGAAAGGAGAAAAGGAUCCCGACAAUGAGUUUGCUACCAUGUGGAUUGAAAGGACCACGUAUACGACUGCCUAUACCUUCCCUGGGAUUCUCAAGUGGUUUGAAGUCAAACAGAUUUCAACAGCUUUUUUUACAGAAAAGUACUUGCAGGAGCAUCCUGAAGACCAGGAGAAGAUCGAGCUGCUAAAGCGACUAAUAGCGUUGCAGAUGCCUCUGCUGACAGAGGGGAUCCGCAUCCAUGGGGAGAAGCUGACAGAGCAGCUGAAGCCACUGCACGAUCGGUUGUCUUCUUGCUUCCGGGAACUCAAGGAGAAAGUGGAAAAGCUCUAUGGGGUUAUAACACUGCCGCCCAACUUGACAGAGAGGAAGCAAAACCGCACAGGGUCUAUGGUGCUCCCCUACAUCAUGUCGUCCACACUGCGGAGAUUGUCCAUCACCUCGGUGACUUCCUCGGUGAUCUCCAGCUCUUCUAACUCAUCUGAUAAUGCUCCUUCCAGGCCAGGAUCUGAUGGGUCCAUCCUGGAGCCCCUUUUGGAGCGCAGGGCCUCGUCAGGGGCCAGAGUGGAAGAUCUGUCCCUCAAAGAGGACGGUGAGAACCGGAUGAGCAAGUUCAAGAGAAAAGACUGGAGUCUGCGCAAGUCCCAGGUCAUCGCAGAGAAAGCAUCAGAACCUGAUCUGAUGAGCCCAGGCAGAAAAGCACAAAGGCCAAAGAGUCUCCAGCUGUCGGACAAUCGGCUGACACCGUUUCAUGGCUCUUCUCCGCCUCAGUCAACACCCCUGAGCCCACCCCCGCUCACUCCUAAAGCGACCAGGACCCUGAGCUCCCCAUCUUUGCAGACAGACGGGCUGAUGAUGGCUACAGUCCCACCUCCCCCUCCACCCAAAAGCAAGCCCUACGAGAGCAGCCAGAGGAGCUCCACAGAGAUUGCAGCCCCACUGCCUGUCCGAAGAGAAGCCAAAGCCCCGCCCCCUCCACCUCCAAAAGCUCGGAAGUCGGGCAUCCUUUCUUCUGAACCUGGAUCCCAGUAAGGGUCUUGUCCUCUCUCUGGAACUCUGAUGCCUGGGAGCUGGCCUCAGGGAGGCAGUGUCCUCGUUGCGUGUGUUGUCCCCUGCUGGCCGCCCCUUCUCAUCUGGGAUUGAGGUUCACCAGCUCAAAACUGGUUUCAUUCUUUAGAAAGCUUCUCUUUGAUCGAUGCCCGAGGCCACGCCAUGUCUCCUCCGGUCCAUGAGGAAUCCCGGAAUCGGCUGUGCCCCGUGUUUCUCCCUCACCAUUAUUACAUUUCAGCCUCCAGCACAGUGCCACUGGGGUCUACGAAAGCCUGGAUAAGUUCUUCAGUGGUGGUGGGAAAAGCCCAGUAACCUAUUCCUUGGAGGAAUUUCUUGCUUUGCUUCUGAAAAGCUGUGCUUAAGACGUAGUUUUCUCACGUGGACAUACAUACCUUGUUCCAUACAACAUAUUGGAAGAGAUCAACAUCAAGUACUUUGGUAGCCGGAAUCAUCUAUCUUUCUGAGGUCUCCUGUGUCUCCUCUGUGGAAAAGAACAUCUUUUUAAUGGAGACUGGCUGCUUUCAAGUAUGAAUGGCUAUCAUUAUCGAAAGAACAUGGACUCGGUCGUGAGCCCUGAGCACCUGUGUCCCCCCACCCACCUGUGACACGGAAAAGCUGCCCUCCUUGCCCCCGCCGCGCGCCAGGAGUUCCCUCACACUCCCGACUAAUGGUCCUAACUGCAUGGCAGUCACUCCUUCCUACCAUGGACUCCUGAGGCUCUGUCUUUUGCACACAGUUUUCUUGUCCUGUUACCUCCUCUGAGCUCAAAUCACUGGAUAUAAGGGACUUAGAAGUCCGGAUUGAACUGCUUCUCUUCCAGAUCCCAUUGGAAUGGCUCGGCAGCCCCUGUCUGCAACCUGAUUUUACCCUGGAGAAUACAGUGCAAUAUCUCGCUUUGAUUAUUUAUUCCUCUUGAUUGUGGAAUUAAUUUGAUGACAUGUUCAUGGUACUCCUGUCAAUCCUCUUUUCAGAAGAAAAAGUGGGGUGCUUCAGAGGAUCAUAUAUUACCACCAGAUACACAAACAGCCACACAAAGUUAAAGACCUUUUGAGCUGGAAGGGCCUUAAAGCUCAUACAGACACCCUCCCCCCCUCAUUUUGCAGAUAAGGAAAUUGAGGCUAAACACAGAAAAUCCUACUACAGAUUCUUUCUAAUAACCCAGCUUGCUCAUUGAGGUUAUACCCAGAUAACAUCUCUAGAAGACAACCCUGACAAAUUCUUCAAUCCCUACCCCUAGUUGGAACAACAGUGGAAAUGUCCCAGAUGUUUCUAUACUGUUUGGGUGUUUAUGGCAAAAUAGAAACCUUUCUGACUGUGGAUGCCCUGGGUCGACCUCUGGGUGUGCUCACCGGGGACUCUUCCACAGCCUGGCCAGGUCCCCUUUCCUUCGAGGUAGACAAGAAAGAGACAGAGAUUUCACCUCUGAGAAUUUGGGUUUGCUUGCCUGCAUCUUCGUGUGUCUGUUUCACCCCUUUUAGGAGAGCCAUGUGAAUUCAUCACAGGGUCAGGGAAGUCAAAACCUCUGAGAUGUGUCCAGGGUUACUCAAGACAUGAGUGUGCACAUUUAAAAGUGCUGCGUUCUUUCCUUCGCUCCGCGCAGGAGCUCCUGCAGUGUGAUGAAAUGGGAAGAAACCCAGGCUCUGGAAGUAACCCGUUGGGGUUUGAAUCAACCCAGCUAUGUCCUCUCUCAGCUUUGCAAACUCCCUCAAAUUAUUUGAAAUUGUCUAGAGUUUUCAUGUCUUCACCUCUCAAAAUGGGGACCAUCCCUACCAUGCAAGCUGCCUUGGGGUUCAAGUGAGACCGAAUACGUGAAGUAAGUCCUCACGAAAUGUGCCUUUCUUGUCUCUGCUGGGCCUGGGUAAGAUCUGGAACUCUCCACGAGCAUGAUUGAUGUUCCUUUUUUUUUUUUUUUCAAAGAUAAUUUGGAAGGUGGGUGCAGGUUAGUUCUGCACACAACAGUCCCUUUCCAAAAGGUGGACUCCUAUAUAAUUAUGUAUGACUAGAGACAAAGUGUUAAUAAGACCUGGAGGGGGGAACUUUCCUGCCAGUCCAGUGGUUAAGACUCCAUGCUUCCAGUGCAGGGGGUGUGGGUUCGAUCCCUGGUCGGGGAACUAAGAUCCCACAUGCCGCACAGCUCGGCCAAAAAAAAAAAAAAAAAGACCUGGAGGGGAUUUUAAGUGGCAAGAAAAGAGCAGGAAGGGACAGAGUGUGCAGGGCUGACAUGGUGCCUGGAGCAGCUUCUGAGAAGUUGCUGGGCAGGCUGGCUGGAGGGGGUUUGUGGGCUUCACCCUGCUUUCCAGGCUGCCGUUAAAACAGAAGGACGUAAACUAGGUCACAGAAGAAACAAACCUGAAGCCUGUCCCUUCCGAGCUCUAGGAAUGAGUUGUGAGCCUGGUCUUUGGUCAGAGGCUGGGGACAUCGGAUACACCAGUGCCCAAAUAUCUUCCCUUUUUUAACGUAACAUUUUCCCAUAGGAUUCCCUUUCCACAUCCAUGGAAAUCCUAGAUCUCUCCUGUCUGAGUACAAAGGAUUCCAGGUAAUGUUGUGAAUAGUAGGUCACAGGGAACACUGGACAGUUCAUCUCCUUGGGAAACUAUUAGGUCAGAAAGAGUUAUAUUUGACAGAAGAUCCUAAGGAAUGUCUGUCCUGAAGUCAAAGAGGAAAUCUGCAAAGAAAUGCCUUAGGAUUACCUUAAUUGUAGGAGAGAUGAGGGACAGGGCAUAAAAAAGAAACAACUGGUCUUUAUAUUCCUUGAUAAGAACUGUGAAGUAUUGAAGUAACCCCCAAAUUGUCACAACCUUUGUGGAUGUUGGUUUAUGGGAUUUAUUUUUUUUUAAUCCUUUUUUUUUUCCCUCUCUCUCUGUCCUGGUGACUUUUCUUGCUUUGAGUUUUUUUUUUCAAGAAUUGUUUUCAUACAACAUAUAUUAAGCUCUUACUGAAUGCCAGACACCUUCCUAGACCCCCAGGCUGUGGCGGUCCAGUGUGUUCUAAGGGAACAGCCCCGGGAUAUAAGGACUGCGGUGUGCCGUUGGAUUGGCAAGAGAGUGGGGUUAGAGGAAAGGGAAACCCUAAAUCAGACUCCUGGGCCAUGGGUUCCCUCCCCCUCCUCCACCUUCACGCCUUGAUUCCAGAAUUACAGUCAUUUUCCCCUGUCAGACCCCUUAAAAACAACUGCCGGGGCUUCCCUGGUGGCGCAGUGGUUGCGUGUCCGCCUGCCGAUUCAGGGGAACCGGGUUCGCGCCCCGGUCUGGGAGGAUCCCACAUGCCGCGGAGCGG